CUGAGGGCUACUACGGAAUGAAUCGAGUGUCAGCUGAUGGAGGUUAGGUUGACGCUCGUCCAUUGAGAAAAGAAAACGACCGUUUUAGAUUAGUCUAUCGAAAUUAUAUAUUUUGGUAGAAAAUAUCAACUAGAAGAAUGCCAUCUCUUUUAUUCUGCGGUCCGAAAAUGGCCGCCUGUGGAAUAGUGAUCAGCAUAUGGGGAGUCAUCAUGUUGGUGAUGUUGGGGAUCUUCUUCAGUGCAAAGUCUGCUGUGCUGAUUGAGGAUGUGCCCUUCACUGAGGAGGACAUCCGCAAUGAUAAGAACCCACCGGGAACCAUCUAUGGACUCUAUAACCAGGUGGGCAUCAACUGCUUCAUUGCAGCAGCCAUCUAUGUUGCAGUGGGGGCGGUGUCACUCUGCCAGGUCAGACUCAACAAGAGGCAGGAGUACAUGGUGACAUAAAUUCCCCUGAAGCAUCAGAAGAUUAUAAACACACUAAUUUAAGUUCUCAAGGGAAGCAACCUUAUAAAAAGCUAUGUGUAUAGUAAAACAUUGAACAUAAGUCCUUUCUGUUAUGCUAUUGAUUGAAAUGUUAUCAUUCUUUGUAUUUGCAUACAACUAUUUAUUGAAUUGACCUAAACUGUAACCCAUCAAUGCUAACUGACAAUAUUGAUAAUGAUCAAUAAAAAUUGAAGUCUUGUUCCCCUCAUAGACCAAACAUUACAUUUAUGCUAGAUAACUCACCACAAAUUCCUAGAUGCAACUCAACAGAUCACUACAGUUACAGAAAUAUUUAAUUAUCAGCCUGAAUUGACAGCAAAUUGAUAGAUGGUCAAUGUCUGUCAGGCAAAUCAAGAGAUAUGUCAAAAAUGGCUAAAUACAUUUUGUGUUUUAUUUAUUUGCUGUUGUGAAUUGUAUGCUGUAAAAAUAUAGGGUCUGGGAUCAGUCCAUAUCGCGGAAGAUUAAUGUUAAAAUGUAAAGGCAAUUUCCGAUUGAGCCGACAUGCAGCGUUUUGAGGAGAUGGGAAACUCCAUUUGAAUCGUAUUAACGGCCAUUGUAUACAUUGCCCAUGCGUCGUCAAUGGGCUGUGCAGUGCAUUCUAUGCAAUUUUGGCACAAUAGGCCCUAUUCUCUAAGAUGUGAAUGGGAGUCAAUUGGGUGCUAGCUCAUCCCAAAAUUUGCAUAAAUGUUGUGAACAAGAAGUACAACAUUAAACAUCUUUCAGAGAUGUGAGAUAAUUAACUUGUUCUAGGCUCCCGUGGCGUAGCGGUCUAAGGCACUGUAUCUCAGUGCAAGAGGCGUCACUACAGUCCCUGUAGUGAAAAAAUAAGCUCCAACAGUGAAAAAUGCUUUUGAUUGGUCAUCCAACUGGAAUUCCAAGUCGGAAACACGGGCAUCUUUCUUGAACGCUGAAUUUCCGACCUGAAAAUCACUGAUGUCUUGAUUUGUCCCAGUUGUCUUGAAAGCACCUACAUACCCUGACUUUGAGAAGGGAUUGCGUGAUGAUUAGUUUAGCAACCGCUGGGUGCAUCGUUUCUCAAUUCAUUGCCCAAUGGGAUUCCUAUCUCCUCCUUUCUCUAAUAUCUCAGGCAGCUGUGAAUAGUCUCCGCGAACAGUCCUUGCUUGCUGGGAUCCUUGGGACGUCACCCCAUUGAAGUUUACAUUUUAAAUGGUCAGGGUUUAAGGUAAGGACUUCCCAAACAUUUCAAUCGAGCUAUAACGUGGAACUGCCGCAAUACGGAUCGAUUCCAGCCCUAACUGUAAUAGUUAUUUGUAUUAGUUAAAUCUGCUAUAGUAAUUCCUCAGAAAAGGAUGGUGUAUAAAAUGUGUAGGAUGGUGUAUAAAAAUAUGCAUUUAUUUAAUGUGUUUAUUGUAUUUUCCCCGGCCUCGCUAUUCUCUGGAGUGUAAUGAUGUGAAAGGAUCUAUAAAUGGUACUUUAUGUGAAGGA